UCGUGUUAUGGUAGUUUAGUUGUGUACCUUUUAAGCUUCAGUCACCUGGUGUACAGUACGUGGAGUUGGGUGUGACGACCGUUGGUGAUCAAGGUGUAGUAUGACUGGACUUUAGAAUUAUGCAUUAUGGAAAGUACAGUACCUGAGAGACGCUGCGAUUGUUCCAGAUUAUAAUGUUGCUGAGGAACUUUGUGCAUACAAGAACCUGGUGGUGCUGCCAUCCAAAGCUGAACAUUCCCAAGCUCAAGAUUUUUAACAGAGGGUGGUGUAGCUCAGACACCCCUUUCAAUGAACUUGAUCUAGUUGUCACUGUUGAAGAUGACACCAGUCAAGAAAAUGUUUUUUGUGAAUCAGAAAUGUUGUAUUUUAUGGGGGAGUCCUCAGAUUAUAAAGGGCUGGAACAACUUAAAUAUGAGGAUAAACCUGUACCAAUAAAAAAGACUUUGGCCUACACAAAUAAAGUGCUUUUUGGCCCUCUCCUAGAAACAUCAGCCCAAAAGAAGAGAAGAUUAAAAAGAGAAGAACUAGAUAUUGAUGAUAAAGAUUGUAAUGAGAAGGAAAGUUUUAGAACCAAGAAAGAAUUGAAUGCAAAUAUAAAGAUAAAUCCACUUGUAUAUAAAUCAGAAAACUCACAUUACCUUGGCAUCUUUCCUGUUGGUAGAAAUUCUAAGUCAUCAGCAAAUGACCAAAGAAAAUCUAGAAUUAGAAUAAAUUUACACCAACCUGAAGAUAUUAAGUAUACCUCUCAAAACAGUAAAACAUUGAAAGCUUUAGAGAGUUUCAACAAAAAACACUUGAUUUUUAAAAAGCCUCCACAAUACACUAAGAGUUUGAAAAAUUAUACAGGUAAUAAAGUGUUUCAACAUGCAUGUACCAGACCUCAAAAAUUGAAAGUUGCUUCUUGGAUUAGUGACAAAGAAAGAGAAGCUGAGGUGAAUGCCAUAGAAAAUACAAGUAAUGGAAAAAACACCGUUCUAGAGAAUGUAGAUAAUAAUAGUAUUUACAAUUAUUCUCAAGUAAACUUAGCUAAGAAGCAAAAAGAUGAAGAAUCAUUAAUUGUUAAUGCCUCAGAAAAUAAUUCAAAUUCUUCUUUUAUUGUGGUUGAUAAUUCUAAGUUUUUAGCAGUGCCAGGUUCUCUGGAUAUGAACAUGAUCAAGAAUUACCCCCUGUUUACUACAAACACAUCAGCCAGUUUCAUAAGCGAGCAUACAUCUGUGUCCAAACAACCACCAGCGAAGGAAGAUAUUGCGACAAUUGGAAUAUUUGAUAAUGGUUAUAAAAAAUUACCCAGCGUCAGGAAAAUAUUGGAAGAAACCAUGCCUCUUUCCAAUAAGAUAGCAUUAGAGAAGUGGAAAACAAAGAUGAUCAAGGAACUUGGAGAAGAGGGAUUUCACCAUUAUCGGAAAGGUUUAUUAGACCGUGGGAUGUUGCUGCAUGGUUGCAUACAGUCAGAACUUAGUGGAGUGACCCCAUCUGUAGAAGAAAUGCCAAGCUUAGGAGGUCUUUGGACGAGUCUCAAGCAAGUUUUACCAAAUGUGUCUGAUGUAACGGUGUUAGAGAGUCGCCUCAUCCACCCGUAUCUCUAUUACCAGGGAGCUGUUGACUGUGUUGGUUCUUACAGAGGAACACCAGUGCUCAUUGAAUGGAAGACUUCUAGUAAGGCAAAACUCUCCUUGAAGUCUAUGUUUGAUGAUCCACUGCAAGUUGUUGCAUACUUGGGAGCUUUGAAUUUUGAUAGCAAUUAUAAGCUUCCACAUCAUGUUGAGACUGCAAUGCUGGUUGUAGCCUAUGAUACUGGAUUACCAGCUCAUGUUCACACCUUGAAGAAGGAAGACUGUGAACGCUACUGGAAAAUUUGGUGUACUAGGCUUACUCAGUUUUGGAAACAGCUUGAAUUUCAAAAACCUGAAUUGAAAACUGAAGAAGGGUAAUGUUGAUGCAUCAUAUUCACAGCUGCAAUUAAAAAUUGAUAAUUUGAAGUAAGAUAUUAUGGGUCAAUUUUAUAGAGCUGUAUUGUACUGUUGCUUGGAAAAUUUUCAACCAAAUUCUGCCCUGUAUAUUUGUCAUCAGAGGGGUAAAGGAGAGGUAUGGAGUCCUGGUAAUUGAGAACCAUACCAUAUAUUGUGUACUGAAGGAGCAGUCAUUUUAUUUUGCCAUUACGUUUUCAACCCAUGGAAAAGGGAUCAUUUAGUUGGAUAUACCUUCUGUAUAUUAUGUUUAGGAAGCUUUGUACAGGGUAGUGUUCUGGUAUUUCAUUGUCUGAUAAAGUUUUAGUUAUACAUUUAUUACUCAACUGUUCUUAGUGAGGUAUGGAGCAGCGAUUAUUUUUUUAAUACUGCCCCUUGGAUUUUAUUCUUACCUAUUUUAUAGGAGAGGGAAUCAAGCCAUUGAAUUAGAUGGGGUAUUUUCCUAAUCACAUUCCAGGCCUGUGAGACUUUAAAUUUAACAGACCUGAGUAAUUUUUUAUUAGUUUGGGAAAACAUAUACUGAACAGCAGGGCAUUUUUUACCAAAUUUUCACCGGGGGUGGGGCAAUUCUCUAAAAGGGCACUUUUAAAGACCAGAGCCGGUAUACUCAAAACUUUUAAGUGCUAACAAACAGCUGUUAAGGUUGACAUUUUCCUGUUAAACACUAACAGUACAUACACAAAACUUUUAAGGGCCUUAAUAGUACUGUUAAGUUAAAAGACCCCUGGAGCACUUUUAAGUCCCGUGAUAGUCGUCGGUUAGUUGAUACCAUGGCAAACCAACAACAACAUAAGCGGCGGCAAUGCAUUUAUCGGGAAAGGAGAGAUAUAUUUAGUGAAUAUAGUGUGUAUAUAUUGAAUAUACAGUAGUGUGAAUAUAUUGUGUAUUCCCUCUUUAUAGCAGAGAUCUUCUUUCUUGACUUAGAAAAUACUGAGAACCAGCAUGUCUCACACUCUGCCACUGACCUUACCACACCAGGAAAUGCAGCAUUGACUCUAAUGGUGAUUUCCAGCCAGGCCCUCUUUUUGUCUUUAUUAUUCAGGAAAGGCUUGAAGCAGUCAUUCAGUAUUAGCUUAUUCUCUUCAAUGACCUCCACCAAUAAUAAAGUCUGGUCUGCUGUCCAGUUGGGCUUCCUUUUCUUUCGUAGUGUUAAGGCUUCCAUUUCCGCGAUGUUCGUCUUGUCCGCUCCUCAGUAACACGUGUGUGAGGGUUUGUUUACAAACAGCACGGCAAAGCCAAGCCACCGAUCACUAUCCUUGGUUAAUAUAUCCUCCUUCAAACUGCAUAGAUUAGAUUUUUCUUUCUUUUUAAUUCUCAAAAUGUAAAUAAAUGUAAGUAUUGAAAUUAAAUUUCAUAAUUUUAUUGAGGUUAUUCAGCCAUAAGACCAUUUUAUAUCAUGAAUUCCUGCUAUCCUUAGUGCUGUUUAGCAGUACUUAACAAACAACUGUUUGUGCUGUAAAAGUUUGCAGGUUAAGCUUUGUGUAUACACUUUUAAAUUUUACUGAUACUGUCAUUAGCAAAACAAUUUUGUCAUUAGCAGAAAAGUUUUGUGUAUACCUGCCCUGGUUGGGGACAUUGAAAGUUAUUUAAUUCAGUUUAUGACUAUUUCUGGUGUUACAAAGUAACAGAUGGCAAAGCAUGCAUACAAAUAUACUGUAUACCCAGUAUAUACUGUACUGUACAGAUGUGAUAUAUGCUGGCAUAUGUUACUGUACCAUGUACUGUAGAGCACUACAUGUAUAAAAGAUGUCACUAUACUGUAUGUACCAUUAUUGAACAUGCAACAAGCUUAGGUUUGUUUGAUGGAAAUCGGUUUAUAGUACUUUUUCUAACAGAUAUAAAUAAAAUUCUAUUAACAUUCACUAAAUUUUAUUUGUGUGAAAUCAAUCAAAAAUAAACAUAUAAUACAUU